AUGCAUUUCUAUGUAUCUCUAAUCACCAUACUUUCUAUGCUACCUGAGCUUCCCAGAGCCAUAUGCCUUUCUUCAUCAUCGUGCGCUUCCCCCACAGGCAAAGCUAGUUCCAAUAUCAGUACCCAUUCCGUCAUUGUUGGUGCCGCAGGUCGGCUCGCUUUCAAUCCCACGAGUCUUGAUGUAGCACUUGGCGAUAAGAUUCUGUUUGAAUUCUUAGCACUCAAUCAUACUCUCACGCAAUCCUCACUUCGAUAUCCAUGCACGUGGAACGCUAGUGGAGGAAUUGAUACGGGCUUCAAACAAUUCAAUCCGAGCAAUGAUUCAGGCAAAUUCAUAGUGAAAUACACCGUAGAAGACACUACCCCACUGUGGUUCUUCUGCUCACAACGGCGUCCGAUUUCCCACUGUCACGAAGGCAUGAUUUUUGCUCUGAAUCCGGGGUCAUCGUUUGGCACAUUUUUGCAAGGUGCGACAGGAGCCUCGAUCAGCAUGCUGGCUUCAAAUACCAGAAUGACCGACUACCCGACCGGUUCUGCAGUGAGCAAUACUGUGCGCUUAACAAAAUCGAAAUGUCCAUCCAAUUCCUACACGCAGUCGGGCGGAAGUCAAACUACCCCCACAUCCAAUGGGCCUUCCAAGUCAUAUACCCAAUCGCUUAAAAUUCAAGCGACUACAACAUUGAAGGCCUCGGCGUCAACUGAUAUUGCGAUCCAGGGUUCUGCAACACCCAGCUCAAGUGGAGGAUACAAGAAUGGAGGUAUUGAAUUGAUCCUGUUCUCUUUCGUUUUAGCAGUUGCCAAUUUUUGA